AUGGAGACCGCGCACGAGGACGGUGUAGGCUGCUUGAUACAAAGGCUGGACCACUUGGUGCUGACGGUGGCGAGCGUUGAGAAGACGUGCGCCUUCUACGAGCGCGUGCUGGGCAUGGAGGUAGUCUCGUUUGGCCCGCAACAAGCGAGAAAGGCGCUGCGCUUCGGUCAGCAGAAGAUUAACCUGCACCAGGCGGGCUCCGAGUUCGAUCCCAAGGCCCUACGCCCCACGCCCGGGUCGGGCGACCUCUGCUUCGUCACGGCCCUGUCGCUCGACGACGUGGUGGCACACCUCACCAAGUGCGGGGUCGCCAUUGAGGAGGGGCCGGUGGCCCGCACCGGCGCCAUGGGUCCGAUCCGCUCCGUCUACAUCCGCGACCCGGACGCCAACCUCAUCGAGAUCGCUAACUACGACGCCUGA